AUGUUGUCCCACACCAGCACUGGGGUGUCCUCUGUGCUGAGGAAGUACCAGGUCUCUAACUUAGAGCUGGGGGGCAUCGUUUCUGCCUACAAAAUAGUGCCAGAUGAGAUCGACGAGAUCAAGGAGACACUGAUGGACUGGUGUGAUGAGAAAGAGCUGAACCUCAUCCUGACCACCGGGGGCACUGGGUUUGCCCCACGUGAUGUCACCCCAGAGGCCACUAAGGAGGUGAUUGAGCGGGAGGCACCCGGCAUGGCCCUGGCUAUGCUCAUGGGGUCCCUCAACGUCACGCCACUGGGCAUGCUGUCCAGGCCUGUGUGCGGGAUCAGGGGGAAGACCCUCAUCAUCAACCUGCCUGGCAGUAAGAAGGGCUCGCAGGAAUGUUUCCAAUUCAUCCUGCCCGCACUGCCCCAUGCCAUCGACCUUCUGCGGGACGCUGUGGUCAAGGUGAAGGAGGUGCAGGAUGAGCUGGAGGACCUGCCCUCGCCACCUCCUCCGCUGUCCCCACUGCCCGCCACUGGCCCACACAAGCAGACUGAGGACAAGGGCGUCCAGUGCGAGGAGGAGGACGAGGACAAGAAGGACAGCGGCGUGGCCUCCACCGAAGACAGCUCCUCCUCCCACAUCACCGCCGCCGCCAUCGCUGCCAAGUGUGGCCAACUUCCUGUUGUCAUGUCAGAAGGUGUCCACUGUCCAUCCAUGGCCUCACCCUCCAUGAUCGCACUCGCAGUGCUGGAGAGCUGCUGGUAA